AUGGGGCAGGGACUCAGUUGCAGAGAAUCCCAAGAACAUGAACUGUUCAUUGCAGUCCAAAAGGGAGAGAUGGAAACAGUUGAAGCAAUGGCGGAUGAGGAUCCGAGUUUGUUGGCAUUGAAAUCUGUUAAUAAGAGGCUCUCUGCACUUCAUGUGGCAGCCGCCAAUGGGCGGGUCGAGGUUCUCUCUAUGCUUCUGGAUCGAAUUGAAAAUCCAGAUAUUCUAAAUCGAAACAAACAGACUCCAUUGAUGUUAGCUGCUAUGCAUGGCAAGAUUUCCUGCGCUGAAAGGCUGAUUCAAGCAGGAGCAAAUAUUUUAACAUUUGAUACAUUACAUGGAAGAACCUGUUUGCAUUAUGCAGCUUACUAUGGUUAUUCAGAUUGCCUGCAAUUGAUUCUUUCUGCUGCCCGUUCGACCCCUGUUGCUCAUUCUUGGGGAUUUACCAGAUUUGUUAACAUAAGAGAUGGAAGUGGGUCUACCCCAUUGCAUUUGGCCGCCCGUCAAGGGCAAGCAGAGUGUGUUCGUAUUCUAUUGAGCAGUGGGGCUCUUGUGUGUGCUACUGCUUGUGGUGUUGGGUAUAGCUACCUAGGAAGUACACCUCUUCAUUUGGCUGCUCGGAAUGGUUCUUUGGACUGUGUCCGGGAAUUGCUUGCUUGGGGUGCUGAUCGUCUCCUGAGAGAUUCCUCUGGGAGAAUACCUUACAUGGUUGCAGCUAAGUACAAGCAUGAAGCCUGUGCAGCUUUGUUGAAUCCAUCAGCCCCAGAGCCUUUAACCUGGCCAGCACGCUUGAAGUUCAUCAACGAGCUGAAUUCUGAAGCGAAAGCCUUAUUAGAGAAAGCCCUAAUUAUGGCCAACAAGGAGAGAGAGAAGGCAAUCUUGAAGGAGACAUCCAACUCUCUUUUGCCACCCUCAAAUUUCGGUGGCAUUGACAAUGGCGUUGACGAUGGCAAUGAGGCUUGCAAUGUCGAGCUAUGCUGCAUCUGCUUUGAGCAGGUCUGUACAAUUGAGGUUCAAAAAUGUGGGCAUGAGAUGUGUGCUCAUUGCAUUCUUGCCUUGUGCUGCCACAACAAACCCAAUCUUGGAACAGAUUGCUCCAAGGUUCCAGUCUGUCCCUUUUGUCGAAGUCCCAUUACCCAACUAGCUGUUGCCAAGACUAAAACCAACAGUGACGUGGAGUUGGAAUUUAGCCUGAUGAAACCAAAAAGAACAAGAAAGUCACUUAAUCCUGACGAAGGCAGCAGCUUCAAGAGUUUGUCACCAUUGACUUCACUUGGGAAAUUGGGCCGUGGUUUGGGGAAGGUUGCUGCUGAAUGCAAUGAGGGGUUUGAUAAGCAUUAA